AUGGAUUCCAACAACACCACCCUUCUCGACCCACUUCAUUCCUCCGGCAAUCAUUCCCUUACUCCGGAGACACACAGACGUCGAAAUUCGAACAUUGCCAUUGCUCUUCGCCGCAGAAGUACUUAUAAAAAAUAUUCCGGUAGUACUCCUGUGAAUUUCAGACAAGGUUUCGUGAAAAAUGAGGUUUCUGCCAGGAAACUGGCAGCUGGUUUGUGGCAGAUGCGGUUUGUUGAGUUCUCUGGUGAUUGCGGCUAUGUUAGGGAUGAUGGAUGGUUUCGAUCUUCAAAGCCUAAGCUUGAAGCCUUUAAGCCAUUGAUCAAAUCUUCAAAAGAAAGAGAAUCAAAAUGGACCCCUUUACUUGAUAAAGGAUCCAAUGAGUCUACAAUUGUUCAUUGGAGGAAGCUUCUAGAAGACAGAAAACUAGUUGGUGACCAGCAUGACUCGAUCGUCGAGGUUCUUCUUGAAGAACUCCUUCGAUCACAAAGGAUGGUUAGAAAACUUAAAGCUGAAAAGAAUUCCUCUAAGAAAAAAGUGAGACAGUUUUUGCAAAAUUUCGAGCACGAAAAAGUGUUAUGGAAAUGCAAAGAAAACAAGAAGAUUGAAAAAGAGUUAGAUGAGUUAGAGGAAAAGUUGGCAAGGGAGAGAAGAAAUAGAGAAAGGAUGAAGUUUUUGAAUGCCAAAUUGUUACAGGAAUUGGACAAGGCGAACGAAAGCUCUGAUCGGUUUAGGAAAAACUACGAAAAGGAAAAGAGAAAAAGAGAAUUGACAGAAAAAGUGUGUGAUGAAUUGAACAAUCAUAUAGAAGAAGACAAAGGUGAGAUUGAGAAGCUAAUGAGGGAAGCAAUGGAAAUUUACAAGGAAGUUGAAGAAGAGAGGGAGAUGACAAAAAUGAUCGAGCUAUGGCGCGAAGAACGCGUGCAAAUGAAGCUAGACGAUGCGAAAAACCUACUUGAAGAGAAGUAUAAUCAAAUGGUAGAGUUGAUUGCUUAUCUGCAAAGGUUUUUAAGAUCAAAAGGCGACGAAAUUUGCAACGAUGAGAUAGAGGAUGCUCGGUUGAUCGAACAAGCGGUUGAAUCGGUAAACAUUCGACAAAUUCUCGAACAUUCUUAUAAUUUCUCAAAAUCAGAUGAUGUAUUUCCAAUCUAUGAGGAAUGCAGUGAAGAAACUGGUAUGUUAUAUUCUUCUCCUGCCUCUAAUCGACUAAGAUCGUGCCGCAUCGACGAAAAAACAAUUUCUAUUGAAGGAACCUCAAGAGAUAACAAUAAUCCUCACAUAACUCGUGGGAUGAAAGGAUGCAUAGAAUGGCCAAAAGGUAUUAAAACUAAUUCCAAAGUUAUCAUUCCUUUGGAAGAAAGAGUGAAAAGCCAGAAAUCUCAAUUGCAACACAUUCUUAAGCCAAAGGCGUUUUGA